UAAAAAAAAAAAAAAAAGGGAAGGUAGGGACUGGUGGCUAGACGUGCUCGGUCUGCCCGGGAUAGCCAGAGGGGCGGGGUGCGGCAGGCAGCAGGGAGAGCACUAUAGCAGCAGCAGAGCACAGGGAGGGCUGAGUGCAGUGUGCGCCGCUGCCCGUGACAUUAGCAGAGACCAUGGAUAGCGCCGAGCAAGUGUUGAUGUUCUAAAAGCUCUAUGUGGAGGACCAAGACUAUCCCAGUAGAAUGGAGACUACAGAUUUGCUGAAACCUGAAUUUGUACCAGAGGGAGAAGAUGCAGUGGCUACUGCUGUGGACGCCUUAACGGAGGAGGAACAGGAAUUCCUAAGGAAAGAACUUGAGAAGGUAGAAGAAGAGAUAGAAACCCUGAAUCAAGUGCUAGCGGCGAAGGAGAGGCAUCUAGCAGAGAUUAAAAGGAAGCUUGGGGUAACCACAUUGACUGAACUGAAGCAAAAUAUUUCCAAAGGACUGCAAGAUGUGGCCGCCACCAACAUGUACAGGAAGACAUCAGAAACUCUGUCCAAUGCAGGGCAGAAAGCCUCCGCUGCCAUUUCCACGGUUGGGUCAGUCAUUACAAAAAAGUUGGUGGAUGUAAAAAAUUCUCCCACUUACAAGUCCUUUGAAGAGAAAGUGGAAAACUUGAAGUCAAAAGUCAGUGGCAGCAAACAGCCAGCUGGAGACUUUGGAGAAGUUCUGACCUCUGCUGCCAACGCCAGUGCUACAGAAGACCUAUCAGAAAAGGAUCUCGAAACCCAGUGAAAUCACCAUUGUAUUCAGCCAACACUGAAAGAUGCUGCAAGAAAAUUUAAAGCACACCCAGAGCGCCCUCUUGUGUUCUCAUUGGACAUUUUCCAUGUCUUUAGUUCUCUUUGCCUUGUGUUUAACACGUGACACAUAGCCGUUGCCUGUUCUCAGUGGAUAUAUAAGUAUUUUGUGGGCUAAGCCAAGAUUUAUCCUGUUGAGUCACCAGGGAUGAGUGACCCUACUGGGGCAUGCCUCCAUUGCGUAUAGGUGAUGGGUGCACUUUAACCUUAGCUAGUGACCUAUUCUGCACUAAAUGGGUUGAAUAGCCUGUUCUAUGUUUAUCUAGUUGUCCCAAUAAUGUGUGGUGGGUGGAAAGAGGGAUUUUUAUGCUUAAUACACAUUACUCCUUUACUACUGCCAAAAAUGUGUUACACUGGAUUGUUAUGUUAUUGUGUAGACUCUUAUGAAAAGUGUACUAAAUAUGUGCUGUAAUAACUGCACAUAUCUGUACGUCUCUCAGCUCCGUUAUCCUGCAUAUCCUCACGCUCAGCGGACAUUACUGGCACUAUGAAAUCUACAGCUGCUGUACUGUAGUAUGGUGAAAUGUUGACUCAAAAAAAAAUAAAAAAAAUAAAAAAAUAUAUAUAUAAAUAUGCGAAAGGGGGAGAAGAACUAGCGCCUUAUGGUGUAGUAUGAUUUUACAGAGUGCGUUUCGACACACACAUAAAAGUAGUUUGCGUACCAGAUAGGCUUUGAUACAAGCCACUAUCACUUUCCACUCGGGCUGUUUAUCACCAUCCUCCGGGGUUUGUUGGGAUUCGGCCAAUCGGGGUCCAGAUGUUGGACUUCUGACUGUUGGGAUCCAGACGGCAGAGAUCUGUAGUGUUCCGGAACCAAGAAUAUGCCCAGCUGCAGCAGCUCUUCCCUUGCUGUCUUAACCUUUUGCACUUCUAAUCAGCACUGCAGUCAGAGGUCUGACUCUGUUCAGUCUCCUCUUCCCUUCUAGUCCGACUGGUGUCCGUCUCUCCUUCAGCAGCAGCCGGCACUCACAUACUUGGGUCAACUUACCCAGGUGCCAGAAUUCAAAAAAAAUCAGACGUCCCUAAAUUAAACGACACUCAGAGGCAACAACGUGUCAACGUUUCGGGGCUUAACGCCCUGUGGUCAGGACCAAACACUUACACUGUUGCUGUACAAUAGGGUUUACACCAGAGGUUCUCAAACUCUGUCCUCGGGGGCCCACACAGUGCAUGUUUUGCAGGUCUCCUCACAGAAUCGCAAGUGAAAUAAUUAGCUCCACCUGUGGACCUUUUAAAAUGUGUCAGUGAGAAAAUUAAUACACCUGUGCACCUGCUGGGUUACCUGCAAAACAUGCACUGUGUGGGCUCCCGAGGACCGAGUUUGAGAACCUCUGGUUUACACUAUUGCUGUUCAGUCCGUACGACGGGGCUUUAAGCCCAGAAACGUUGACUUACUGAAUUAUACACCUGUUGCACAUUGUUUACUCUGAGUGCCGCUUAUUUUAUGUACGUGUGUGUGUAUGUGUGUGUGUGUGUGUGUGUAUAUAUAUAUAUAUAUAUAUAUAUAACCUCUAAUAGGUGCGACGCUCUCAGAGUGAAUAAUACCACUCUCACAGCGGCAUGUACCCUGAGAGUGCCGCACCUAUUGGAAGUUAAGUGACAUGUAUUGUGGGGGCACCCAGGUCAGUAAAGACUGUUUGAGGGGUGCCGUACACCAAUACAUAAAUGUUUUUUUUCCAUGUUCACUUUUUGGCUUCUGCUUUGACCCCACAUGUGUAGAAUAUGCAAGGGAGAUUUGUAGGAGAAAAGAUGGUACACGUUUGAGCAUAAUCUGCAGUAAGACGUCUCCUGUCCUUCUCUGCUUCUCUUCUAAUACAAUUCAAGUAUACUGGUUACAGUAGUUUGCCCAAGAUCAGUGGAGUCACUGGACCCCAAACAGCAUCGAGCCUGGAUGCAUAAACGUGGGGGAGAGAGCAGGUAUCGCAUGUCCAUUAUCCUAGAGACUACAGCUCAUCCGUUCCCGAGGAUAGAGCAGUGUCAUUAUUCUUAUUGAUCCCUGAAUCUGUGCACUCAUUACUAUUGCUUCAGCCCACACAAGGACUGUCCCUGAUAACGAUUUGGUUCACUCAAUAAAACAUCUCCUACAACUUUGCUUUCUGUGUUUGGUUUCCUCCUGGUUUUAUCUGCUAAAAAAGAAUCACUGCCAAGAUGGAAAGAAACCAGGUAAGGCAUUGCAGGAUGAUAUGUACAAGUACCGUUAUUUACAGGUGGAAUCCUCUCUAUACUAUGGCUUGCUGGUAUAACUGGUUGUGUAAUAAUUUGGUCACUGCAAUGUAACAUGUACGCUACUUUACAUGUGCUGCAGUAAUGACUGUUGUGAAGAGGUUUAAUUGACAAGUUUUCUUAUAUGGUUUAUUGUACUUGUUUUGUUUUUCCAAGUUCUGUAGUUGUGCAUGCGAUCCCCACAUCAAAUAGGAAUUCAAAUAGGUUAUUUCUUUUUAUUGGGGUAAGGAAGGUUUAUUUGAGGCUUGUUUUCACAACCAAACUAUGUUUUAUAAAACUUGCCAGUUUAAUAAAAAUCAAAAUAAAAUGUUCUGAUAAAUUA